GAAGGCGGGAACUUCGCCAUGGGCUACGACAGAAGCUGGGUGUUGAUGAAUGAAAGCGACCAUGCCCCGUCCCAGGCUGUCACCGGAGCUCUGGAGACGGGGAACGCCUCGGCCGGGCCGAUGGUGUGGCAGGGCGGGAAUGUCAGCGAGGCGGGCGCCGUGGAGAGCGAGGAGCACGGCGAGGAACAGAGCUACCGGCACUUCACCACCACCGUGCAGGUUGUCAUCUUUGUGGGCUCUUUGCUGGGUAACAUCAUGGUGCUGUGGUCAACUUGCAGAACAUCGCUACUUAAAUCUGUAACAAACCGGUUCAUUAAGAAUUUGGCCUGCUCGGGGAUCUGUGCCAGCCUAGUCUGUGUGCCUUUUGACAUUGCUCUUAGUGCCAGUCCACACUGCUGCUGGUGGAUCUAUACGAUGCUCUUCUGCAGAAUUGCCAAGUUUCUGCACAAAGUCUUCUGCUCAGUGACCAUCCUUAGUUUUCCAGCCAUUGCUCUUGACAGAUACUACUCUGUUUUAUAUCCUCUGGAAAGAAAAAUAUCUGAUGCAAAAUCCCGAGACCUGGUUAUCUAUAUCUGGGCCCAUGCAAUAGUGGCCAGCAUUCCAGUAUUUGCUGUGACCAAUGUGUCUGAUAUUUAUGCCAUGUCCACUUGCUCUGAAUCUUGGAGUUACUCCCUUGGCCACCUGAUAUAUGUCAUCAUCUAUAAUAUCACCACUGUGAUUGUACCAGUGGCUGUGGUAUUUCUCUUUAUGAUUCUUAUUCGCAGAGCACUGAGUGCCAGCCAGAAGAAAAAAGUCAUCAUAGCUGCAUUAAGGACCCCUCAGAACACAGUUUCCAUCCCAUAUGCCUCCCAGCGAGAAGCUGAGCUCCACAUCAUGCUGCUUUCUAUGGUUAUGAUAUUUAUCUUCUGCAGCGUCCCCUACGUGACUUUGGUGAUUUACCGCACCAUACUCAAUAUUUCAGAUAUUUCAGUCUUCUUGCUCCUCACUGCUAUUUGGCUGCCUAAGGUCUCUUUGCUGGCCAACCCUUUGUUAUUUUUAACUGUUAACAAAUCAGUACGGAAGUGCUUAGUGGGGACAAUAGUACAGCUGCACCGAAGGUUUAGCAGGAGAAACACUGUCAGCUCAGGUGGUAUUGCAGAUGAUAAUCUGGAGCCCAGUGUCCAUUCAGGAAGCCAGCUUCUGGAGAUGUUUCAUAUUGGGCAACAACAAAUCUUCAAGCCAAUGGAAGAUGAGGAGAAUGAGACCAAAUCCAUUGGCUCUGGUGACUUUCAACGGAAAGAAAUUCCUACCACCAGUUUAGAGCUAGGACAGACUUCGGUUCACAGGUUUAUACCACAGACGAUUGCAGACUCUGCGGCUCAGGUGGCCCCAGCUGUGCCCACAGAAGCCGAUACAGUAAAUGACAAGUAUUCCAUGCAGUUUGGUUUUGGACCCUUUGAGCUGCCUCCACAGUGGCUCUCAGAAAACCGUAACAAUAAGAAGCGACUCCUGCCUCCUUUGGGGAAUACCCCUGAAGAGCUAAUCCAGACAAAACAGCCUAAGUGUAAAGCAGAAAGAAAAGUCAGCAGAAACAAUAAAGUCAGUAUCUUUCCCAAGGUGGAUUCUUAG